ACUUUGCCUCUCCUUACAAGAUUUUAAAAUGUUUUCUAUUCCUUUACACAUAGAAAGAAAGGAAACAGAAAACAGACUCUCUCAGUCUCUCUCUAUCUCUCUCUCCCCCAAGGAAUUGCCUUUUCUUGAAAACAAGAAUUGUUUAGAUGUGGGUUUUGUUAUUGGAGGAGGAGAUGAUAAUAGUAAAAGCAACAACACUAUUUUUUUAAUAAUAAUAAAAAUCAAUUGCAGAAUAUUGUAAUCUUCCAACAAUAACUCACUACCAGCAAAUGGGUUUCUUUCAAAUUGAAUUCUUUCACCACCUAUAUACAUAUAACCCUCUUUCUCUGCCACUUACUGGCUUCUCUCCUCAAUUUAUAUUGUCUCCUCAGUUUAUGAGCACCCUCUUAUUGAGACUUGUGUUUUGAUGAUUUCAUUUCUUCUCUCCCUAUAACCGUCCCUAGUCCCUACUUUUACUUCCUUGACUUGACUUGGACUUGGACUUUCCUGAGAUUUUGAAAGGUUCUGAUCCAUGUCCAAGGGAAAACAAAUAGGGGGUGAAGCUGAAGAGAGUGAUGUCUGCAAAAAUGAUUCUAAUCCUCAUGAAAAAGGACUGCUUGGUGAGGAUUCUGGCAAUAGCUUUUGGAUUAUUUCCAAUAGUCUCCCACCAAAAAGGUUCAACUCUUGUGAAACUAAUGGAAGGGAGGAUGAUAGAAUCAAUGUGAUUGGAAAAGAUCAUAAUAUUAGCAAGAAAGAGAUGCUCGAAGAGAAUUUUAGUAAUGCCCCUUGGAAUAUUACUCAUAAUAGUCCUCCACCAGAAAAUAUUAGUACUGCUAAUGGUAAGGGAAUAGAAGGCCCUAGUUGGUAUGCAUUUUGGUUUCAUGAGGGUGGAGUUGGUGGUUCCUCAAAUGUAGAACCUCAGGAUGCAGAUUACUCCCAAGUUCCCCAGCUAAGUGAUGAGGUAGAGAAUCAGAUUUUGGCAAGAGUUCCUAGAUCAGAAUACUGGAAAUUUCCAUUAGUUAACAAGCGAAUUUUGGGUCUUAUGAAGAGUGGUGAGCUGUUUAAGAUUAGGAGAGAACUUGGAGUUAAAGAAUCUUCUGUUUUUAUCUUUGCAACUGGUGAUAGCAGUUGGUGGGCGUUUGAUAGACAAUUUAGUUCUCGAAGAAAGCUUCCUGACUUGCCUGCAGACUCUUGUUUUUAUGCAGGAGAUAAAGAAUCACUUUGUGCAGGUACUCAUUUGAUAAUUUCAGGGAGGGAAAUAAGUGGUGUUGUGGUUUGGAGAUAUGAAUUGGAGACAAAUAGUUGGAGAAAGGGUCCUUCAAUGAUCAAACCUCGGUGUCUUUUUGCUUCAGCCUCUUGUGGCCCCUUUGCUUUCGUAGCUGGUGGGGUGACAGAAGCUGGUAAACUUCUUAAUUCUGCUGAAAAGUACAAUCCUGAUACUAAGACAUGGGAAACCCUUCCCUUAAUGCUCCUAAAAAGGAGACUUUGCUCAGGUUGUUACAUGGACAAUAAGUUUUAUGUGAUCGGUGGACAAAAUGAGGAAGGAAGGUGUCUCACUUGUGCAGAAGCCUACGAUGAUGAUAAAAAGAAAUGGGAGCAUAUUCCAAACAUGUUAGAGGAUACUCCUGUUGCAACUUUCCAAUCACCACCUCUUGUUGCAGUUGUGAACAAUGAGCUUUACUCGCUUGAAACAUCAUCAAAUGAACUCAAAGUGUAUUCGAAAAAGAACAAAACUUGGAGGAAGUUAGGAACAGUACCAGUAAGAGCUGAUUCUUCAAAAGGAUGGGGUGUAGCCUUCAAAUCUUUAGGCAAUGAACUGCUAGUAAUAGGAGCAUCUACUUCCAUAGUAUCUUAUUCCGGCGAUGGCAUGGCUAUAUACACCUGCUGCCCAGAUACAGAAGCUACAGAAUUACAAUGGAGGCCUCUUGAAUGUGGCAGAAACAGACUGAGUAACUUUAUAUUGAACUGUUCUGUUAUGGUAGCUUGAAGCUAUUCGAAUAAAGAGAUUCAAGCGUGCCAUGUGCUUCCAAUAUAUAUAGAUAUAUUUAUAUUUAUCAAGUAUUGCUACGAGGUUUCCCUAUAAACUGAGUGAUGGGAUGGUUUUAAAGGAUACUGCUAAAUCAUCUAUUAGGCAUCUUGUUUGCAUUUUACUCUCAGUACAGGAUCCUGUCAAUCGCCGUUGCUUUGAAUCCUGAUCCUGUUGAACUUUCUUUUAGUGUUGUGAAUGUAUUUAAAGGUUUGUUUGGUAUGCU